AUGAGCCCAGGGGGAGCCCGGGAAAGGCGGCAGCCUGGAGGGCGAUGCGGGGAGGAGGAAACGGGCGGAGACCCCGAGACGGUCCUGGAGGGCGGAGGCUCUUUAGGAAGACCCGGGAGGCCCCCAAGCAUCCAGGAGGGAGGGAAGAAAUAUCAGUGCCUGGAAUGUGGAAAAUCCUUCAAAAGAAAUGAUCAUCUUCAAAGGCAUCUAAGGAUCCACACGGGAGAGAAAUCUCAUAAAUGUCUGGAGUGUGGAAAGAGCUUCAGUCGCAGCAGCAGCCUUCAUAGACAUCAAAGGAUCCACUUUGGAGAGAAAUUGAAUAAAUGCAUGGAGGACGGAGGCUCCUUUGGAAGACCCAGAAAUCCCCGAAGGAUCCAGGAGGGAGGAAAGGAAUAUCAGUGCCUGGAAUGUGGAAAAUCCUUCAGAACAAAUAGAGAUCUUCAAAAGCAUCGAAGGAGCCACUCAGGAGAGAAUAAAUAUCAAUGCUCAGAAUGUGAAAAAUGCUUCAAAAGCAACAACCACCUUCAAAGACAUCUAAGAAUCCACUCAUUUGGAAACCCACAUCAAUGCUUGGAGAUCCACUGGGGAGAGAAACUGAAAUAUCAGUGCCCAGAAUGUGCAAAAUCCUUCAAAACCAAUAAACAUUUUCAAAGGCAUCUAGGGAGCCACACAGGAGAGAGGAAAUAUGGAUGUUCAGAAUGUGAAAAAUCCUUCACAAAUAACGAUAAAUUGGAGAACCAUCUAAUAAUGCACUCAGGAGAAACGAAAUAUCAAUGCCCAGAAUGUGAAAAAUCCUUCAAAAGAAAUUACCACCUUCAAAGGCAUCUAAGGAUCCACACGGGACAGAAUCCAUUUAAAUGCCUGGAGUGUGGAAAGAGCUUCAAUAUGACGGUGAGCCUUUAUAGGCAUCAAAAAAUUCACCUGGGAGAAAAACCAUAUGAAUGCCAGGAGUGUGGAAAGACCUUUACUGACGGUUCGGGCCUCUAUCAUCAUAAAAAAAUCCAUACUGGAGAGAAACCCUAUAAAUGCCUCGAAUGUGGAAACAGCUUCAGAAUGAAACACGAGGAAAAACAUAUAAAUGCCUUGAGUGUGGAAAGAGCUUUGAAGAUGGGGGACUCGUUCAUCGACAUCAAAGGAUUCAAAUGGGAGGAAAUGCUAAAUACGCCUGAGUGUGGAAAGACCUUCAGUCAGAUAUAUGUCUGA